GGCUGGGGUUCAGGCCCGAGUCUAUACCAUUACUCACGAUGAGGCAGCCAACAACGCAGGUACCAUGUCGGGAAUGAUUUCUUUAUCCAAUGUCUCUAUCUUUGCAUUGUGUGAUACCGGUGUUGCUCAUUCUUUUAUUUCCUCUCGAUGCCUUGAGGCCCUAUCUGUGUUGAAUGUUUGCAAAGUCGACCCUCUCGAGGUCAGCCUAGCCUCGGGAAAGAUUAUUACCUCUGAUUCUGUGGUUCGCAACCUUCCUAUUUGUAUUGGUGGUCGAGUUCUGGAGGCCGACGUGUAUGUUAUUGAAAUGCGGGACUUCAAUGUGAUUCAGGGCAUGGACUGGCUCACUCGCUAUCGAGCCGAUAUCCGUUGCCAGGAGCGCGAAGUCACUCUCUUCCUGAUUUCCGAUCAGCCUGUUACUUUCUAUAGGGUGAAGUGGAGGACUGUGCCUCGAGUCAUCUCUUCCCUUCGAGCUAGAAAGAGCCUGUCUAAGGAGCU